ACUAAAAAAGUUUGCAUUUUAAAGAGAUUGUUAUCUAAGCUCACAGUUUAAAAAGAAGACAAAGACGAUGGAGAAAAAUAACAACAGGGAAGCACACACAACGCUGAGUGUAUGUCUUCAUCAUUGAUCUAUUUAUAAAUCUUGCUUGGUGUGUGUUAUAAGUGUAAAGCCUUAAGAAUCUGAUGUCUUCAAUCCAAGUGACUUGAACUGGAAAACUGAGUCCAAUUAAAGGCGAACAUGAACAGGAGCAGCUGUAACAGUACAUUUCAAAAAGAACUGUUACCUUCUAUAUAUGGUGUGGAGAUGUGUGUGGCACUGGUGGGAAACAUAUUGUCACUGUGUCUGCUUGUGAUUAAGGAGAGAAAGAACUGGAAUAUAGCAAUGGCAUUCUCCUGCAACCUGAUCAUCAGCAACAUCUUCUACGCCCUUACUCUCCCACUUCUUAUUGACUACUAUUCAAAAGGAUUAAAAUGGGAUUUUGGUGAUGCUGUCUGCAAAAUAGAGCGUUUUCUCUUCACCUGUAACCUCUAUGUGAGCAUUUACUUCAUCAUGUGCAUCAGUGUCAUUCGAUACAUGGCCAUCGUUCAUCCUUUCUUCACUUCUGAUCACAUUUCUUUAAAACACGCCAAGAUCAUCAGUGUGUUCGUCUGGAUCUCCGUGGCAAGCAUUUCCUCUCCGGUCCUUUACUAUUCAGGUUUCAGGAAUGACAGAUGCUCCUUAUUUUCAGAGCCAGGCCAGGAACCCAAAAAGGUUAUCUUUAGGGUGUGUAUGACUGUUAUAGGUUGUUUGGUUCCGUGCGUAGUUACAUUUGCAUCCUAUUUUGGUGUAAUGGUAGCUGUUUUUAAAAAUGCAAAAAUCAACUCCCUGCAGAAGAAAAAAGUGUCUCUGAUGGUGGUCUUAGUCUGCACCCUGUACACUGUGUCUUUUAUCCCCUAUCACAUUCUGCAACUAUGGUAUUUUAAAGUAAAGGAGGAAAAUAAUACGAAUUAUUAUGCGUGUAAUGGAUACCCAGUGUCGAAGACCCUGGCCUGCCUCAACAUGUGUCUUCAUCCUAUCCUGUACAUAGCUGUGUUUGACAACAUCACAUGCUUCAGAAGGAGCCCGGAUUUAGUUUUAUGAAUAUUUUUAACCAGCAAACAAAAAAACAGUUAUUCGGAUCAUGUAGUAAAGUGAUGAACGGAAAACAUGAUAAAAUGAUAAAUGAUAAAAUGAUAGCAUUUACUGUUUUCUGUUAUGUGUAGCUUACACCUUAAAGGUGAACUAUUUUCAUUUUGUUCUUUCAUAGGAUAUGUCUUUCAACAAAGUGAGUAAAUUGAUAACUGGCAAAGUUUUCCUAUAGAACAUAGCGCUUUUUCCGGAUAUUUUCUAAAAUCGAUUGCAUCUCCAAAUCAAUCCUGAGAUUGCACAUAUUCAACUUAAGUAUAAACUCAAUUUUGUGAAAUGUUUUCACAUGUUGUGAUGUUAUUUUGUGAUAUCAGCCACCGCUACUCAGGUUAAUAACUGUGUAGAUUUUUUUUGUGUUUUCUUCUCUUGUUCUCUGGGUUAGCUGGUUUCCUCCCACUGCUAAAAAAAACAUGGCAGUAGGUGGACCGUUUAAUCUAAACAGCCCAAUUAGUGUGAAUGUGUGAAUGCAAGUGUGUAUUCCUGGAGUAGGCUCUGGAUCCACUACAACCCUGAUGAAGUUAAAGCAAUUACUGAAUACGAAUAAAUGAAUGAAUGAUCCAAUCUUUUAUUAUGAACUAAUAUUAACCCUUGUGGACACUUUAAAAAUACUACAUUUUCCUGAUGUCUGUGGCCAAAACGUCUACUAAAUUAAAGUUAUAUA